AUGGAUGACGCCGGGCUUGGAGACGGAGGGAUCGGGAAAAAAACACGAACCCACGUCUGUCCUCAUUAUGAGUUUAGCCCCACCCUGAGCCGACAAUGUGGACAAGAAUUAGUUGGUUCUCAGACAUACAACCAACGGUUGAACGGUCAAGCGGAAUCCCGGUACAGUGACGGGAAUGGGAAGAGCGAGCACGAUGGAGUGGGGGAACGGAAGGGGGCUGGGGACACGCAUGUUUUUCAGGUUUCAAUGAGUCCGACGGAUGUUGAUUACGCCUGGUCAUCUGCUUCGGUCUCUUCUGCCUAUAGUUUCCGCUCGUCUGUCCUCAUGUGCGCCUGCCCGCCCCUCAAGCAAGCCGAGCGGACGACUGUAUGCUCCGAGCGGAAUGUUCCUGAUCAAAGCGUUCGUCUGUCUGGGAUCCUCUUGGGAUACCGACUUGAGCCCACCGGUCUGCAUGAUGGAGACCACGGGUUGGCGAUCAUAAAGACGGGUAGCAAGAACGAAAACGAGGAUACACUUUCCAGGAUGGAUUACCAGCCUGAACUCGCCAAGAUCUAG